UGAUUUCCUUACAUCACAGUAUUGCGUCAUCCUGUUGCGAGCGUAUAUAUAUAGCCUACAACCGAUCGUCAGAGCACAUAGCCAUUUGAUUCCCAACCAUACAGUCUGCUGUUUGUGCAUACUGUGCAUCCUUCUAUUAUGAGUGAUCAACAUGCUGUCAAGCAUCUUCUAUGGUCAUGGGGAAAAUGAACACUUUGUUACAGUCCGUGAGGCUUGUGAUAGAGCAGAAGAGGAUGGUUCCAGAGUUCGAAACGUUGUUGUACUUCCUCCUGAAAGUGGUGAUCAAGAUGUUGAAAGUGAUGUUGAGGAUGCUACGAGCGUGAUGUCCAGUGAUGAGGAAGCAUUUGAACCAGCUGGAGAAGUGGAAGUGGAUGAUACUGAUGACAGUGAGGAUGGGUUAGAAGAACCACCUUCAAAAUCGUCUCGAGCCACCGGAUGGAAAAAGAAGUCGGAAUUUAGGCGUAACUUAUGCUACGAUCCUCUGGAGAAGCUUGUCGAUUCAUUUCCUGACCUGACUAAAUUAUCCCCGUACCAGCUAUGGGGACUGAUCUUUUCAUCAUCUAUUUUGGAUACCAUUGUAGAUCAAACAAAUCUGUAUGCUAGGAGGGAUAAGAACCAACCAAAUUUUAGUGCCAACCACGAUGAGAUAAGGACUUUUCUUGGCAUUAUACUUCUCUCAGGGUACCACAGAUUGCCGGAGGAGCGCCAUUACUGGUCCACUCAGCCUGAUCUGGGAGUUCAGCUUGUGUCUGCUGCUAUGACUCGCAACAGGUUUCAAGCAUUGAAGAGCGUUAUGCAUUUUGCAGACAAUCACAACCUGCCAGCAGGAAACAAAUGUGCCAAAAUUGAGCCAAUCUACACAAUCAUCAAUGAAAACCUAAAAAAACAUGGCAUUUUCCAUCAGAAGCUCAGUGUAGAUGAAUCCAUGGUGCCCUACUAUGGACGGCACUCUGCAAAAAUGUUCAUCCGUGGAAAGCCAAUCAGAUUUGGCUACAAGAUCUGGGCACUUUGCGGCAAUGACGGCUACCCAUAUAGGCUGAAGCUCUACAAAGGCAAAGAAAAUGAUCAGACCAAACUUCCUCUAGGCAUCAGAGUUGUAAAUGACAUGAUGUCGACAAUUCAGUCUUCAUCCACAGUCACCAAGCACGAAGUAUACUUUGACAAUUUCUUUACCUCACAUUUUCUAUUGAAGUCCCUCGCCGAGAAGAACAUCAAAGCUACUGGGACUAUUCGAGAGAACAGGACAGCUGGUGCUGCUAAGCUGAUGAAAUCGAAUGCAGCCAUGAAAAAAGAUGAAAGAGGAGAGUUUGACUUUCGUUGUGAUGGAGAAGUAUAUGUGUGUAAAUGGAACGAUAAUUCCAUUGUUAACAUUGCAAGUAACCAUGAGACACAUCUGCCCCUGCAUGAAGCUACUCGCCGUGUGAAAAAGUCAUCAAAGGUGAAGGUAAAACAGCCACAUCUUGUACGCAAAUAUAACGAGGGUAUGGGCGGGUUGAUCUGAUGGAUCGUCUUUUGGCUACAUACCGACCAGGGAUCAGGGGCAAGAAAUGGUACUGGCCACUGUUUUUGAAUGUUCUUAACUUGUCAAUAGUUGCUGCCUGGCGCAUUCACUGCCACCUUGAGGAGGACCCUCUUUCUCACCUGGAGUUCAGGAGAGAGGUUACGCUGUGUUUGCUGAAAUCUACUGCCCCACGUACACAUGCUGGGCAAAGCAAAACAACCAAAGUACCGGUUGACAUUCGAUAUGAUGGUCUUGGACAUAACAAGCAAAGCUGCAAGCAAGGAAGAUGUGCUGUUUGCAAAAAAAAUGCAAGAUAUGAGUGUAGCAAAUGCCUUGUCAGACUGCAUUACGACAAAGGUACGGAGUGUGCCGUGAUUUAUCACAGUGAGUCUCAAUAAUUAUUGUGCAUUGAGUUGAACAAACAAUUGGGUUAUAAUGUCCUCUGUUCACCUUUGUUUUCUACGGAAGAAUGAAAAAAAGUGUUAUUAUUAUAAAUAUGUACUGAUUUGCAACUAUAAUAAAAAUACGGUAAAUUUCGGCACGCCUGUUCAUAGUGUUCCCACAUGGGAACAGUACUGUAAUUCAACACUCGUUUUUUAUAUUGUUCUAUCAUUUUCACAUGAUGUAUAAAUAAGGCAUUAAAGUAUUUCCACGAAAGCUGACAAAGUUU